UGCUGUCUUCUAAUCUCUUCCCACUUUCUCUCUCUAGAAACAUUUGUCCUUUUCCUCUAUCUCUCCACACAGUCACACUCAUGGAGAGGAAGAAGAAGAAACUUCAGCUAAUGCUUCUCCGUCUUCUUCUUCCUCCUCCUCUCCUAAUGCUCCCUAAACGCUGUCGUUUCGGAGCCUCUCCCCACUUGCUCAAGCCUCCAUUUCUCUCCUUCUGAUCAUUCUCUCUCUUUCUCCCCGCCCCCUCUCUCUCUUCUGUCUCACGCUGUCACUGUGUUUCUUAGUUAGCUUUCAUAGGUAGUAAUAAGUUGCAGAUAACCAAGAUACUUGGGGGGGCUCUUUACCAAUGGACCAUUACGAGAUUCUCGAGCAGAUUGGGAAAGGAUCUUUCGGUUCAGCUCUUCUAGUGCGACAUAAGCACGAAAAGAAAAAGUAUGUCUUGAAAAAAAUCCGUCUUGCCCGACAGACAGACAGGACAAGAAGAUCUGCUCGUCAGGAGAUGGAGCUCAUCUCUAAAAUGCGUAAUCCGUUUAUCGUGGAGUACAAAGACUCGUGGGUCGAAAAGGGUUGCUAUGUGUGUAUUAUCAUAGGUUAUUGCGAAGGAGGAGACAUGGCAGAAGCUGUCAAUAAAGCCAACGGUACCCAUUUUCCGGAAGAGAAACUAUGCAGGUGGCUUGUUCAGCUUCUGAUGGCCCUCGAGUACUUACACUCUAACCAUAUUCUUCAUCGUGACGUCAAGUGUUCUAACAUAUUCUUGACAAAGGACCAAAAUAUACGCCUCGGUGAUUUCGGGCUUGCAAAGAUUCUAACAUCUGAUGAUCUCACUUCCUCUGUUGUCGGGACUCCAAGCUAUAUGUGUCCGGAGCUUCUGGCCGAUAUACCUUACGGUUCGAAAUCCGAUAUCUGGUCAUUAGGAUGCUGUAUGUAUGAGAUGACUUCUCUUAAACCGGCAUUUAAAGCAUUCGAUAUGCAAGCGCUUAUAAACAAGAUCAACAAGUCGAUCGUUGCUCCCCUUCCGACAAAAUAUUCGGGUUCAUUCCGAGGUCUCGUCAAAAGCAUGCUGCGGAAAAACCCGGAGCUCAGGCCAUCUGCCUCGGAUUUGCUUAGACAUCCGCAUCUUCAGCCUUACGUUCUCGAUGUCAAUCUGAGGCUCAAUAACCCGAGACGCAACACGCUUCCACCACACUGGCCGGAAUCCAAGAAGGUCAUUAAAAAAACGCGGUUUUCUGAACCCGCUGUUACUUGUCCUCCCUUUCGGGAAAGACGGCGUUCGUCGCUGAGGAACGACAGAGCUUUGAACCCCGAGGCCGAGGAAGAUUCCAUGUCGUCUAUCAAAUGUAUCAGUCGUGGGAUCUCGGAUGUAUCCGUCGGAAGCAGCGACGAUGGAACAGUUAUAUGUAAGCCUGUUGCUUCCAGUGUUUCCAAGGCCUCAAAGUACGCCCCGAAAAAGACUCCGGUGUCGGCAAGAAGAUUCGGGGAAACGGGAAGGAAUCGCGACUUGCACCCGGUUUCGGGUGGUACCACCAAGAAGAUGACUCCUUUAGCUCGUCGAGCUUCUCUACCUCUCUCGAGGAAGAUGACUUCCCAAGAAACCGUGGGUUAUAACCCUACAUUCGGCAUCUUACAGAACGUUAAGUCCCCGGAAGUUUCCAUUAACGAGCCACGGGUCGACAAGGUAGCCGUUUUCCCUUUAGCCUUGUACGAACAUGACAUUUUAUUCCUCCUACCGACGCAUAGGAAAACAUCGUCCAAAGGCUCAAACGGGUCACCACGAGGCGACAUUGUGAACGACCGCUCUAUAACAAAAGACAAAUGCACGGUUCAGACGUGCAAGUCAGGAAUUACAGACACGACCUGGCAAGGAAUCCAACUCGAUAUGUUAGGAGAAAACGGGAGUGAUGGGUCAUCGUCUGAUCAGAAUGCAACGGCUGGUGCCUCGAGCAGGACUACUACAUGUACUGCAUCCUCGGGUACUAGAAGACGUCGGUUUGACCCGACUUCGUAUAGGCAACGGGCCGAAGCUCUCGAGGGUCUACUCGAGUUCAGCGCGAGAUUGUUAGUGGAGGAAAGAUACGACGAACUCAACGUGCUGCUAAAGCCUUUCGGUCCUGAGAAGGUUUCGCCCCGAGAAACCGCGAUUUGGAUCGCCAAAAGCUUGAAGGAGAACGCCAAUGCCAAGCCCGACAGCGACUGAUCUCUGAUCUCACCUUAGGUAUCGCUGCCGUUGGUUCGUUUCUAACCGAACUUACCCAAAAAUCGCCAAGUAGACUGUUAAAGAGUUACAUGUCUCUGUAUGUUCAACAGUAGGAACUAAUCUUCAUAGGGCUCGGUAUAGUCUCUCGGUUUAGUUCGGUUAUUUUCUGGUAGAGUUGGUUUUGGUUUAUGCCUGACUUGGUUUAAGGUUUUAGAGGAGGAAUACUUCAAGUUGUAUUGUAGGGUUAAUCUGACAUACGCUCUUCUCUUGAACCGAACCGCUUGUUUUUUAUUUGUAUUAAUUGAUCCGGUUAAGUUCGGUUAUGAUUUGUUAA